CUAACCAGUAGUGAGUUUUUUGUUUUGUCACAAAUUUUGCACCUUUUUUCCACAAUGGACGAUUUAGUCAUUGGAAUUGAUCUAGGUACGACAAAUUCUUGUGUUUCUGUUUAUACAAAAGGCAGAACACGAAUCUUGGAAAAUGAAAGAGGAGGGAAAGUUACAGCAUCUUUUAUCUAUUUUCAGCCGCAAGGUGGUAUAGUUUUUGGCGAACACGCAAAGACGAUAUCAGUUCAUAAACCAGAAAACGGAGUUUAUGAAGUGAAACGGUUAGUAGGUAGAAAAUUUGAUGACACAUAUAUUCAAAAAACUCUGGACUACUUUCCGUUUGUAAUAUCUUCAGGCGUCUCUAAUGUCCCAAUUAUUUCAUUUAAACAGAAUGACAGAAAAAUCGAGAAAACACCACAAGAAUUAUGCACAAUUAUUCUCCAAGGAUUAAAAAAAUAUGCUGAAGAAAAAUUGAAUCGGAGAGUAAACAAAGUUGUGAUAACAGUUCCCGCUUACUUCAACGUUACGCAACGAGAAGUCACUUUGGCAGCAGCUAAAGAUGCCGGGUUCACUGUGUUCAAGCUGCUAAAUGAACCAACAGCAGCGGCUUUGGCUUACUACUUCGAAAAUGAUAUUACCGAAAAUCAUAUUUCCUUAGUUUAUGACUUAGGAGGUGGUACUUACGACGUUGCGGUUCUUCAAAAAAAAUUUGAUACCAUAGAAGUACUGUGCGUUGGUGGAGGUACUCAACUAGGAGGUCAUGAUUUGGAUAACUGCAUUUUAGAUUAUAUUUUAGAGGUAUUACGCAAAGAUUACCGUCACAAAGCGAAAACGGAUGCAGAUGAUAAAAGAAGACUGCGUAUUAAGUGCGAAGAAGCAAAGAAGGAACUGUCAUCGGCUACUGAAGCGGUGAUAACUAUAAACGGAAUGAUACCUAAACAUCCCAGAAUUAUUAUUACACUAACGAGAGACCGCUUUGAAGAGAAAGCCAGCAAGUUAUUUAAAAAAACUGUUGACAUCCUAGAUAACUGUUUAGUCAAUUCAAAAAUUUCUAAGCAAUCGAUUCAAGAGAUAAUUUUGUGUGGUGGUUCCACCCGAAUACCCAAAAUUCAAGAAAUGAUUUCAGAGUAUUUCGGAGGUAAACAAUUAAAUAAGUUUGUAAAUCCUGACGAAUGCGUAGCUGAAGGUGCAGCGUUACAAGCUGCAAUGUUAUCAACUAGAAAUGGUUGAUGUUGUUCCGCUUUCGCUAGGUUUUCGUUAUUUCAGAUGUGCAAUGGGUUUUGUAAUACGUAGAAAUACGAAGAUACCGGCUAAAGCAUCUCGGUCGUGUACAGAUUCAGGUCAUACCUCCGCUAUCUUUGAAAUAUACGAAGGAGAACGUACCGAUGUAAGAAAAAAUCGUUAUUUAGGAGACUUAUGUGUUGAUGGUUUAACACCGGCACCUCCCAGACAACGAAUGUUAACUUUUACUCUUAAUAUUGACAACAACGGAAUACUAACAGCUACAGCUGAAGAAAAAAUAUCUAAUAUCAUUAAGGAAGUGAAAGUAAAUUACACCAGAGGUGACAGGAGUGAAUUUGAAAUUAAGAAUUCGUUACUAGAUGCCGUAGAAAAUCGGAAGAUGGAUGAAAAGUUAGAAAAGUUUAUUAAAAUUAAAGAAAAGGUAUAUGUGUAUUUGGAAAGUUUUUUGUAUAACCUUGAUAAAAAGAACUUGAGUGAAAAAUAUCAGUCGAUUCAGUUAUUUUGUCAAGAAAUAAUGAAUGACUUAUGGGAUAUGGAAGUCGAUCAAAAAAAUAGACUGAAAGAUCUCUACGUAGAAGCUAAAAUAAAAUGUAAUGCAAUUGCUGAGCGUCAUCACUUUGACUACGUGCCUGAAUUAGAUAUAUAAUAAUAUUCCUGCAAAAAGUUUCUGUUUAAGUAAGUAUUAGUAAUUUUUUCGAUAGAUAUCGGAACUUAAAAGUAACAAUUCAGCCGAAAAUUAAUUUAAAAUAUGCGUCAAAUUUUGUGGUAAAUACCUAAUAAUAAUAAGAAUAAGAUAAUACGUAACACAUAUUAGACAUUAUGCAUUUACGAAAUAA